AGAACAAGAUUAUCCUUAGCUGCACCAGGAAGCGGUUGUUUUUGCUGCUGUAGUUAAGGUCAUUGGUUAUAAAAGAGCGUAUUUCCUGCAGGAGGAUGAACAGCCUGAACCUUCUGGUUUCAUGUGCAGGGAGCAGAGCCGCAGCAGGUUCUCUGAUCUCCGAGCAGCUAAAAAGAUGCGUUGGCAUUUUCAGCUCAGUACGAACAGUUAGCAAUGGUUCACAAGAGAAUGCUGGUGCCUCAAAACAACCUCUUAAGAAGCCUAAGACACCCCAAGGACGGUUGGAUGAAACAGAACAGGUGAAUGAAGAGAAAGGACCCCUGGAACGAUUCCCUGGUGACAUAAAUCCAGUGACAAAAGAGAAAGGAGGGCCCAGAGGACCUGAGCCCACUCGCUAUGGAGACUGGGAGCGGAAAGGACGCUGUAUAGACUUUUAGCACAUUGUACAGAUAAAUUCAUAUAUACUGUUGGUGUAUUUAAUGGAAGGAUGUAAUUUGAGCCAACACUCGGAGCUAAAUAAAGAUGUCAUUUAUAUGAGCUAUUUGAAUACAAA